CAAAUUACAGUGGGAGUUAGAUUGUAGGAUCACUUCGCACUUUGUCAGCCCCCUUUUCGCAUUUGGACCCUGGUCCACGCGUAAAACUUGUGCUGGUGAGUCCAGCGGCAUCCAAUCAAGCCACGUUGCGCGGUUGGCCCCCAUUUCCCUUAGGGAUCCUUUCAAGUUUCGACGGGCCUCCGCCGUUUUUUCAGAUGCGCUUCGCACGGCCCGAACACGGGGUAGCAGUCAGAUAAAGAGAUGGGGAGAACUCGCUCCUCUACUUUUUUUCGGCUCAAAGCCUCGAGGCGGUGUGUCAUCUCGGGUUCGAAAUGAUGCGCCGGUCCGCGCUGACCGGCGCCGGCUUGUCCCGCCGUUUCCUCACCCGCCAAACUCUCUUUGUCGCUCUCGCAAUAUGCGCUGUGUGGUUCCUGGGCACCCAGCUCCGUCGCGGGAGCGGGACGCGCCAGUGGUCGCCGCUAAGGGCGAACCCGCUGCCGCCGCCGCGGCGCAUGCCGACACACAACGUAUUGCCGCCGCUCCCGGAUCCCGUGGCCUGUUACGGCCCCCGCGGUCUUCUGUUGGAUCAAAGCCGCGAUGACCAGCUGGAAUCUCGGAAGCUCCAAGGCCCAGCCUCCUAUCAACCUUGGGCAGGCUCCUUCGAGGCCAUCAGCCUCGACCGUACCGUCAUGACAGCCGACCAGCGAUACGGGCCGUACGGAUUCGGCGAGGACCGGGAGGACUACCGGCGGCAAAAGGUCGAAUGGAAGAGGCUCGACUGGGGCCGGUUACAGAACGAGUGCUUCGAGCGCAACCGCCACCGCUUUCCGUCCUCUGCGGCGCCGUUCGACGACCCGCGCGGCGCGGCGUCACCCCGCUUCGCCCCCCGCGGCUCCCGCAAACCCCGCCAGCCCGAGGUCCGCCAUUGGCACGAAUUCGAGCCGUCUCGGCGGACGGCCAUCGUAAUACGCACAUGGCGCGGGUACGACUAUAGGCCCGAGGACAAGUACUACCUCCGCUCGCUCAUCACCGAGGCCGCGCUACGGUCGGGCGGCGAGUACCAAGUCAUCUUGCUCGUGGAUAUGAAGGACUACGACGGCUAUACCACCGAUAUUUGGGCCUCUGACGAGGCGUACCAGCAGGGACUCCGGGAUGCCGGUAUCCCCACCGAGUUCCAGUCCCUCGCUGUCCUGUGGGACGAGCGCCUUCUGAAGAGCUGGUACCCCCUGAUUGAAGAGCAUAAGACGCGCUUCCAGGUCUUCCAGCCGAUGCAGCUCCUCGCCUUGCACUACCCGGAGUUUGACCACUUCUGGCAGUUCGAGAUGGAUAUGCGCUUCCUGGGCGAUGCGGGCAAGUACCUCGACCGGCUCACCGCCACAGCGCGCGCCGAGCCCCGUAAGCAGGCGCUCGAGCGGGCUAGUGUCUGGUAUAUGGCCGCUGAGAUGGGCGGCGGCGAUUUUGGCGAGUUGUUCCGGCAAGUCAACGAAACCAACCAGGGCGGCGCGUCCGUGUGGGGCCCUUUACGGGUACCUGAGCUUCCGCCCAUCGGGCCCGACCCGCCCGUGGCCGACCCGCGCGAGGACGACUUCCGGUGGGGCGUCGGCGAGGAGGCCGACGUCAUCACCCUGUCGUACUGCAUGGACGCCACCGUCCCCAACAACGGCUGGCCCUUCCGCGACUUGAUCGGCGGCCUCUCCUCGGGCCUCGCCACACCGCGCGUCUACUGCCCGCCCGCCGUCAUGCGCGGCUCCCGCUCGCUCCUGCUCGCCAUCCACCAGGCCCAGCUCGAGCGCGGCAUCCAUGUCCCCUCUGAGGCGACCCUGCCCAGCUUUGCGCUCUGGCACGGCCUCAAGUUGAGCUUCCCGCAGCAGCCCGUCUUCCACCGCGAGCAGAACGCCGACAGGGCAUCCGUCGUCCAGGUCGAGAAGGAGCAGUGGUGGCGCGGCGGGCCUUUGCAGACCCCCGCGAGCCUAUGGCCGGACCCUUCGGCGCCCUCGCCACAGGGCAGCCAGCUCACCUUUUGGUGGGAGGCGGAGUGGGCCAGGCACAUCUUCUACGAGUGGAUGGGCCAAAAGCUGCCGGGAAGCGACCCGGAGCCUCCGUGGCUCCUCGACGAUUACGAUGGGAAGUUGUGGGCGCCGAAUAUUGUAAUGCAUCCGGUUAAGCAUGCGGAGACGGAGACGGCUUAACUGCGCGGUUGAAGGGGUCAUUGGCGGAUGGACUGGAACAGCGAACAGUUAGAGCACAGUUGUUUUGCAUUGCGCAGGUAUGACACGUACCUACAUGUACAGUGAGGUGGUUGGUUCAUUUCCCGCGUUGUCAUCUGAAGAGGGAGCUACAGAGCGCGCCUUUCUGGUUAUGUAUCUGCAUUUGUUUUCAUGUACAUAAAUCUUGUACCAUCUCAGAGUUGUAAAAGGGAAGAGGGAAAACUAACUUGAAGCGUAUAUACGUUCCAUACCAUCUUAUUGUCAGAAAACGUCUUCAAUAACUGAUCCAAGCUUUACAGUUAGUUAGCAAGUUCAACCCAAAAAGAUAUAAACUACCAAUUCUAG